AUGAAAACACGACGUCUUGACGAACGGAGAUUCCAAAUCAUCCUCCUAUCCGCCGCCGAAGCGGGGCAGACCGGAGUCAGGGUUGUUAUCCAAGUGAGAGUUGUCGAGCAUCAUCUCUUGGAUCGCUUUCUGUUCAUCGCCCAGCUGUGGCUGGUCGAGUUCUUCGAGUACGUCCAUUACGUCGCGCGAGACGGUGGGGGUCUUCGAGUCAGGCUAAUCAGCAGCUUUCGACCUGGUCUUCCGCGAGAGGAGAUCCUGCCAGCCGUCUGGGUGAUGGGUGAGUUGGGGCCAGUAGAAGAGCGGGAGCAUGAUGAGCAGGAACAGGAUGAGCCAUCGGAUGCGGCGUGA